GGGAAUGUCCAACUAGAUUUUUCCUCAAAUUAAUUCCUUUUUCAAGCUUAUUAUCACUCCUCUGGAUUUGUUUUCCAUUUUCUAAUCAAUUUCGGUGUAUUGGUUUGAUUCAGAGGAAUUUGGAGCAAGGAUGAGAGAGGAGCUGUGGUUUGUUAUCUGGGUUCUGUUGCUUUGGGAUUCCAGUUUGGGGAAAUUUUUAGUGGAGAAGAACAGCUUGAAGGUGACCUCACCUGAAUCACUGAAGGGUGUUUAUGAGUGUGCCAUUGGGAAUUUCGGUGUUCCUCAGUAUGGUGGAACAAUGGUGGGCAUUGCUGUUUAUCCAAAGGCAAAUAAGAAGGCCUGCAAGAGUUUUGAUGAGUUUGAUAUCUCAUUCAAAUCCAAACCAGGAGGAUUCCCCACCUUCCUUCUUGUUGACAGAGGAGAUUGCUUUUUCACUGCAAAGGCUUGGAAUGCACAAAAUGCUGGGGCUGCUGCCAUUCUUGUUGCCGAUGAUAAGGUAGAACCUUUGUUAACUAUGGACACACCUGAGGAAGAUAAGGGUGAACCUGAUUAUCUACAGAGCAUUACCAUUCCGUCAGUACUUAUAAGUAAAGCCCUCGGGGAUAGUCUGAAGAAAGCUCUUACAGAGGGCGAGAUGGUUAAUGUAAACCUGGAUUGGAGGGAGUCACUACCCCAUCCGGAUGAUCGUGUGGAGUACGAGUUCUGGACUAACAGCAAUGAUGAAUGUGGCCCCAAAUGUGACAGUCAAAGAGAAUUUGUGAAGAACUUCAAAGGAGCUGCGCAAAUACUUGAGAAAAAGGGCUAUACCCAAUUCACACCACAUUACAUUACUUGGUAUUGUCCUGAAGCUUUUAUCUUGAGCAAGCAGUGCAAAUCACAGUGCAUUAAUCAUGGGCGUUACUGUGCCCCUGAUCCUGAACAAGACUUUAGCAAAGGAUAUGAUGGGAAAGAUGUUGUAGUCCAAAACUUACGGCAGGUCUGCGUGUUUAAGGUUGCCAAUGAAAGUAGGAAGCCAUGGCUUUGGUGGGAUUAUGUGACAGAUUUUUCAAUUAGAUGCCCAAUGAAGGAAAAGAAGUAUACUAAAGAGUGUGCUGAUCAUGUUAUCAAGUCAUUGGGCCUAGAUCUAAAAGAGAUAGAUAAAUGUAUCGGAGAUCCUAAUGUGGAUGUAGAAAAUCCUGUUCUCAAGGCUGAACAAGAUGCGCAGAUUGGGAAAAAUUCUCGCGGUGAUGUGACCAUCUUGCCAACUCUUGUCAUCAACAACCGACAGUACAGAGGUAAACUGGAUAAAGGUGCUGUGCUCAAGGCUAUUUGUGCAGGCUUCAAGGAGACUACUGAACCAGGUGUUUGUUUGAGUGAAGAAAUAGAAACAAAUGAGUGCUUGGAACGGAAUGGUGGAUGCUGGGAAGAUAAGGUUGCUAAUGCCACUGCAUGCAAGGAUACUUUCCGUGGAAGAGUGUGCGAGUGCCCUAUUGUUCGAGGUGUCAAGUUUGUUGGAGAUGGGUAUACGCAUUGUGAAGCAUCCGGAACCGGAAGAUGUGAAAUUAACAAUGGCGGAUGUUGGAAGCAUACCAAACAUGGAAGCACAUUUUCUGCCUGUUUAGAAAACCAUGUCCAGGGAUGCAAAUGCCCUCCUGGUUUUAAGGGUGAUGGCAUUGAUUCAUGCGAAGAUAUCGAUGAAUGCAAAGAGAGAACCGCGUGUCAGUGUUCAGGGUGCAAAUGCAAGAAUACAUGGGGUAGUUACGAAUGCAAUUGCCGUGGCGAUCUGUUAUACAUGAAAGAGCAUGAUACUUGUAUAAGUAAGAAGGCGACAACAGAGGUCGGCUGGAGCUUCUUGUGGGUUAUCUUUUUAGGCCUAUGUAUUGCAGGAGUUGGAGCCUAUGCGAUCUACAAAUAUAGAAUUCGGAGUUACAUGGACUCAGAGAUCCGCGCGAUCAUGGCUCAGUACAUGCCAUUGGACAAUCAAGAAAUUCCGAAUCACCAUAGUCAUCAUGGUGAAAUUUGAGUGAAUAUGUUUCUUGAAAAAACAAUCAAGAGUGCUAAAUUAUAUGUUUGGUAAAAUCAUGAAGGGGUGGUAUGGAUAUAAAGCUCUCAUGUAUGUAAACUUUGAAGCUCAUCAGUGCCAUCCUCUUUGUAUUACUUGCUUUUUAGCUGGCUCAUAACUAGUUCAAGCACUUCUUUUGUUUAACUUCUCUUAUUUAAUAUAAAGUAAACAGUGUUGAGACCAGUGACAUUGAAAACUA